AUGAGUUUCGAGAUGACACUUACAUGGAAUAUAGAACUAUAUAUAAAAAUAAAGUAUCUUUUGAUCGAGAAUGAAAUAAUAGCAUCAGACAGACAAAACCUAUUCACAGCAAAAGAAAAAGGUCAUAUGAACUAUCUUUCUAAGAUUAGACCAUUGACGAAACUAAGAACAUCAACUGCAUCGUUUUUACGUCUCUUACCAACAAGAAGAGAUUUUAUUACCAAAUAUACAAAGAAAAACCAUUAUUUGAAUAAUACAUACUAUAAAAUGACCAAUGAAAUCACUCCAAUAGAAGAUACCGGAGCUCACUCAAGGUUAUUCAAACCAAUCGUUUGGAUAGAUUGUGAAAUGACUGGGUUAGAUCAUACUUCAGAUCGUAUCAUUGAAAUUUGUUGCAUCAUAACAGAUGGUAAUUUGAAAAUAGUAGACAAAGAAGGUGAUAACUGUUACGAAAGUGUAAUUCAUUAUGAUUCUAAGGUUAUGGAUAAUAUGAACGAAUGGUGUAUUGAUCAACAUGGGAAAAGUGGGUUAACUGCUAAAGUCUUGGAAAGUACAAAGACAAGAGAACAAGUAGAGGAAGAAUUAUUGGCAUACAUUAAAAAAUUCAUCCCUGACCCUAACGUUGGUAUAAUGGCGGGAAAUUCUAUUCAUAUGGAUAGACUUUUCAUGUUGAGAGAAUUUCCAAAAGUUAUCAAGCAUUUAUUUUAUAGACUCAUUGACGUCAGUACCAUUAUGGAAGUCUCUAGAAGACACAAUAACGAACUAGCUCAAAUAGUACCAAGAAAGGAAACAGCUCAUACUGCUAAAAAGGAUAUAUUAGAAAGUAUUGCUCAAUUACAAUGGUAUCAGGAUCAUUAUUUGAAAAAUCCGAACGAAACUAAAGAGUUUGUAGCAGCAUCUAUAAAAGAACAAGAAAAGGAAAAAUCCAACACUGAUUUGGCAUCUGUACUUAAAAAUGAGUUUAACAAAAGACCGUUAGAGAAAGAUAUUUCAAUAGAAGAUGAACAACAUAAAAGGACGAAACAAGAAUCUCUCCAAAACCUGUAG